CCCCCGCCUACCACCACCACCACUACUCCCGCUUCCGCGCCCACCGGUGGGAGCUGCUCCGGCGUCGCGGCUUGGUCGAGCGCUAUCGCGUACACCGGCGGCCAGGAGGUGACCUACAACGGCGAGCUCUGGCAGGCUAAGUGGUGGACCGAGGCCGAUGUGCCCGGUGGUGCCGCUGGGUCGUGGACCUUGAUCGGAAAGUGCUAA